AUGUUUAUUUUCUUGAUGGUUUUGGCUAUCAGCUUUAUGUCAACUGAUAGUUUGACAUGUCAUCAAGUUGGAGCUGGAAAUUUGUCAAUUGCUGAUAGUUCGACAUCGACUGAUUGUGGAGUUGGAAGUUUGACAUGUGUCAAAGUUGUUGAUCUGACUCGUGGAACUUAUACAAAACAAUGUCAAUCGCUUAAUUGCACGGUGAGUUGUUUUUUUUUAUAAAUAAAUUCUCCCAUAGUUACCAUAACGACAGCAAUGAUUUGAUUAAAACUUGAGAAAAAUAAAUGUUUUCAGCUCAAUGGAGUGUCAAAUGCGGUUGCUAAUUGUGCGAAUACAUCAACUGUUACUGGAAAUAUGUUGACUUGUUGUUGUUACGGCGAUGGGUAAUUAAUUAAUUUUUGAAAAUUGAAAGACUAAAUUGAUUCAAAUUUUAGAUGCAAUUCUGCUCCACAUUCUGCCAGUUAUUUGGCAAUUCUGCUCACAGCACUUUCCGCAAUCGGUUUCAUUGUUUAG